AUGGAUGAGCUACUAUCAACUCUAAUUAACUUUCCCGUAAAUGAAGAGUUAAAAAACAGUAGUAAUAUUAGUGAUAGAUUAUUAUAUAUAGUUUGGAAUAAUAUAUUUUUAAGAAAUGAAAUUCAUAAUCAUAUUUUAAAGUUUAUUGAAAAUAGUUUUGUACAUCUUGAUAUAUCACGCUAUAACCAGUUUAAAGAUAAAUCAUAUAUAACAACACUUAACUGGUAUGGUGAACUACUACCAGAUAAAAAUGAAUUUCCACCAUUUUUGACAGAUUUAUAUUUAAGCAGUUUUAAUAAAAUGUUAACUCCAACAACUUUACCAAAUACAAUUACUACACUCACAUUCGGUGAUGAAUUUAAUCAAGUAAUUUCACCACAUACAUUACCAAAUAGUCUCACAACACUCAAAUUGGGUUAUAGUUUUGACCAAGUAGUUCCACCUGGAUCAUUACCAAAUAGUCUCACAACACUCAAAUUGGGUUAUAGUUUUGAACAAGUAAUUCCACCUGGAACAUUACCAAAUAGUAUUACAACACUCAUAUUCGGAAAUAAAUUUAACCAAGUAGUUAUACCCGACACAUUACCAAAUAGUCUCACAACACUCACAUUCGGUCAUGAUUUUGACGAAAUAAUUCCACCCGGCUCAUUACCGAAUAGUCUUACAACACUCACAUUCGGUAAUGAUUUUAACCGAGUAGUUUUUCCCGGCUCAUUACCAAAUAAUAUUACAACACUCACAUUCGGAACUCAUUUUAACCAAGUAUCUCUACCUGGCUCAUUUCCAGAUAGUCUCACAACACUCACAUUCGGUUAUUUUUUUAACCAAGUAGUUCUACCCGGCCUAUUACCAAAUAAUCUCACAACACUCACAUUCGGUUAUUGUUUUAAUCAAGAAAUUCUACCCGGCCUAUUAUCAAAUAAUCUCACAACACUCACAUUCGGUGAUGAAUUUAACCAAGUAAUUUCACCACAUACAUUACCAAAUAGUCUCACAACACUCACAUUCGGUCGUGAUUUUAACCAAAUAGUUCUACCUGGCUCAUUACCAAAUAGUCUCACAUCACUCACAUUUGGUGAUAAUUUUAAUCAAGUAGUUCUAUCGGGCUCAUUACCAAAUAGUAUUACAACACUCACAUUCGGCUUUAGUUUUAACCAAAUAAUUUCACCCGGAUCAUUACCAAAUAGUCUUACAACACUCACAUUCAGUUAUGGUUUCAAACAAGUAAUUCCACCCGGCACAUUACCAAAUAGUCUCACAACACUCACAUUGGGUCCUACAUUUGAAAAAGUAUUUCCACCCUGCUCAUUACCAAAUAGUGAUACCAACAAAGUUUUAACAUAUAAAAUUUUACCUCCUGAAAUAAAUUAUUAUUAUUAUGAUUUUCAUAUGAAUUAG